UUGACUUUUUAAGUCUUUUCUUUCUUGACCUUUUUAAUCAAAUAAAAUUAGAAACGCACAAUAGUUCUUAAAUCCGUAUCACAAGAUAAUAUCUUGAAUAUACAAAUAUUUCUUGUAGUGAUAUCCCCUGUGGGGCGUGCCCAUCGACAUCGAUUUGGACUGUUUCGUGCGCUGGGGAAAAUGUUUCAAAAUUGAUGUUCACCUUCUGCCAUGUUUGCCAACCCUCCUUGGAAGUCGGGGGACUCCUCCUAAUGACUCGGAAUAUGUUUUGCCGUAUUCGUAGCAUUAACAUUCCUUCGCAGCCGAAAAUGUCUUCAGAACAUAUAGUGGAUGUUGCGCAAACAGGCUUAAGUAGAACUCAUCCGAGUAAGUAGCUCAUGGAUGUCACUGGAAACUGUUGUGCUGAUGGCUUUCUGGGAUUGGCAUGGCUUCGAGUGCAUCGGCGGUUAAUUAUACUUACAAAGAUUUUGUGUGGCAUAUUCGGAAUUAAAAUUAAUGAUCUCCGAUGAAAAUCAAGCGACAAGAUUCAUUUGCAUAAGGAAGUCAAUUGGGGGAAAUUGACAAGAAGGAAGUGUGGAGAUGAUUGGGAGAUUGGAAGGGAAGCAGGCAAAUUCCAUGAAAUGUAUUAUUUCUUCAGAAAACUUGUGAGUAAAUAAACAAUAACUUAACAAGUGCACUCCCACUUC